CAUAGAGUCAGACACGACUGAAGCGACUUAGCAGCAGCAGGGCAACAGAAAACAUCCAGCAAAAAUGUUUUUUUCCAUUUAAGAGCUUUAGCAAUGAAGGAAAAGUAUUUCUGAAACCUUACUAUGUCAGUGAGAAAUUUACUGAAAGAGCUUAAAGUAUAAUUUAGGGAACACAUCUACUGAAUAAGACUAGAUGCACAUAUACAGACACAACCACAUUAUAGAUGGAGUUCAGAUAUUGUAUAGUUUCUUGUGCAAGGAUCUUAAUAAAUCUCGUGUUGAGGACUCAUGCCCAAUCCUUGCUGACUGUUCUUUGCAGAAGGGCACGCUGCAAGGAGUAUGUAGUAACAAGACUGUUUAGUGGUUAGUACCAUCUGGAUGGUCAGGAAUACCAGUUCCUACUUUAUCACAGUUAGCCCUCCUUGAUACAUUGUUUUAACAGCGCUACAUCACUGUCCUAGGAAAUAUGCCUGUUGGACCAGAUUAUAUCUCUAAACUCUAAAAGCCUCUGAGUAUCUAAAUUACUGAAUAUUCUUAAUGUGCUUGGUAGCUGGUUUUGAAUUUGAGAAAGCUGGUUAAACUUUUUCAAACUAAAAUUUUAAAAAUCCAGUGCAUCACCUAACUCCUUACUCCUCUAGAGAACUACAUCCACAUUGGGUUUCCUUUUAGCCUUGGGAGAACCCUCGGCUUUGGAUCAACUUUGGUUUCUGCUCUCAACCCCAGCCUUUGACGUGUAGCUGUACAAACUUGCUCUACCAGUGAUGCGGCUAGUAAUAUACAAACAAAAGCAAUCAGAAUAUCAUUAUAAAAACAAGACUUGAAAUCUAAACAUUUGUUAAAAACAGGUAACAAGCUUUACUGUAACAAAGUUCACUGUGUUUUUGGGGUAGCAUUAUUAAAGAUAUAAAAAAAAAAAGCAAACUUCUUUUGGAAUUUGAGUGAAACUUGUUUUUUCCUUCCCCCACCCCCGCCGCAUGUCCAAGUGAAACUAUUGUUUAAUAAAAGUGAGUGAAAAUAAAGAUUUUAAUGCAAAAUUAUUCUCAAGACAUAACAAGCUAAAAGUCUCACAGGAAUUUAGAUCUUUCACCUCCUGCCUUUCUGUUUGUUUUUGUUUUGGUGUUAUUAAGCCGCCUUAAAGCUUUUCUGAAUGAGGCGUAACAAGAAGAGAGUUGUUCAUGCUAAUGUGUGAAUGAUUGCUAUUAAAGGUUACUCUCCCUAAAAUCAGCUUUACUCAGAACUUGGUUGUAAUGUUGUGGAAACUACAGUUUUAGAUCAGCCUAAGAGCUGUAGUGUUAGCAUUAAUUUAUGAGGGGAAAAUAGAAAUACAGAGAUGUGGUGGUGGGAUUCAUACUCAGGUCUGUUGGACCCUGAGCCCUUGUUCUGUCCAUCGCGGCACAUUGCCUUCGUGCAUAGUAGGUCUCUCUGAAUCCUGUAGAACAGUGGUGUCCCCAGUCUUUUUGGCACCAGGGACCGGUUUCGUGGAAGGUCUCUACUAGAAGAUGGCAAAGCCCAGCCACAGCAGCUAUGUCCUUCAGCAGCUAAACAACCAAAGGGAAUGGGGUUUUCUUUGUGACUGUUGUAUUGCAAUUGAUGACAUUUACUUUCAAGCACACAAAGCAGUUCUAGCUGCCUGUAGCUCCUAUUUUAGAAUGUUUUUCAUGAACCAUCAACAUAGUACUGCACAACUGAAUCUCAGCAACAUGAAAAUUAGUGCUGAGUGUUUUGAUCUCAUCUUGCAGUUCAUGUAUUUAGGAAAAAUUAUGACAGCUCCUUCCAGUUUUGAACAGUUUAAAGUGGCAAUGAACUACCUACAGCUGUACAAUGUUCCUGACUGCUUAGAAGACAUACAGGAUGCAGACUGUUCUAGUUCAAAAUGUUCAUCUUCUGCUUCUAGCAAACAGAACAGCAAAAUGAUAUUUGGGGUGAGAAUGUAUGAAGACACUGUGGCUAGAAAUGGCAGUGAAGCUAAUAGGUGGUGUGCAGAGCCAAGUUCAACAGUGAAUACACCACAUAAUAGAGAGCCUGAUGAAGAGUCGUUGCAAUUAGGUAAUUUUCCUGAGCCAUUAUUUGAUGUAUGUAAAAAGAGUUCUGUGUCCAAAUUAUCUACUCCAAAAGAACGUGUAUCACGACGCUUUGGACGGAGUUUUACCUGUGAUAGUUGUGGAUUUGGCUUUAGCUGUGAAAAAUUAUUAGAUGAGCAUGUACUAACCUGUACUAACAGACAUUCAUACCAAAACACAAGAUCCUAUCAUAGAUUAGUGGAUAUUAGAGAUGGAAAAGACAGUAAUAUCAAAGCUGAAUUUAGUGAAAAGGAUUCUUCUAAAACCUUUUCUGCACAGACAGACAAAUACAGAGGAGACACAAGCCAGGCUGCUGAUGAUUCAGCUUCAACCACUGGAAGCAGAAAAAGUAGCACAGUGGAGUCUGAACUAGCCAGUGAAGAAAAGAGCAGAGCCGCUGAGAGGAAAAGAAUCAUCAUUAAGAUGGAACCAGAGGAUAUUCCUACAGAUGAACUGAAAGACUUUAACAUUAUUAAAGUUACUGAUAAAGACUGUAAUGAGUCCACUGACAAUGAUGAGUUAGAAGACGAAGCUGAAGAGCCAUUUUAUAGAUACUACGUUGAAGAAGAUGUCAGUAUUAAAAAAAGUGGGAGGAAAACUCUAAAACCUCGGAUGUCAAUAAAUGCUGAUGAAAGAGGUGGUUUAGAAAACAUGAGGCCACCGAACAACAACAGUCCUGUACAAGAAGACACUGAAAAUGCUUCUUGUGAGCUGUGUGGGCUCACAAUAACUGAGGAGGACCUGUCAUCUCAUUACUUAGCCAAACACAUCGAAAAUAUCUGCGCAUGUGGCAAAUGUGGACAAAUACUUGUGAAGGGUAGACAGCUUCAGGAGCAUGCCCAGAGAUGUGGAGAGCCCCAAGAUCUGACCAUGAAUGGGUUAGGAAAUGCCGAGGAGAAGAUGGACAUGGAAGAGAAUCCUGAUGAACAGUCAGAAAUAAGGGAUAUGUUUGUUGAAAUGUUGGAUGACUUUAGAGACAAUCAUUUCCAGAUAAACAGUAUCCAAAAAAAGCAGUUAUUUAAACAUUCUGCCUGUCCUUUUCGAUGUCCUAAUUGUGGCCAGCGAUUUGAAACUGAAAAUCUAGUGGUUGAACAUAUGUCUAGCUGCCUAGACCAAGAAAUGUUUAAGAGUGCCAUCAUGGAAGAGAAUGAAAGAGAUCACAGACGAAAGCAUUUUUGUAACCUGUGUGGGAAAGGAUUUUAUCAGCGGUGUCACUUAAGAGAACACUAUACUGUUCAUACCAAGGAAAAACAGUUUGUUUGUCAGACAUGUGGGAAGCAAUUUUUAAGAGAACGUCAGUUGCGUCUGCACAAUGACAUGCACAAAGGCAUGGCCAGGUAUGUCUGUUCCAUUUGUGAUCAAGGCAACUUCAGAAAACAUGACCAUGUACGGCAUAUGAUUUCUCAUUUAUCUGCUGGUGAGACUAUAUGCCAGGUCUGCUUUCAGAUAUUUCCAAAUAAUGAACAGUUGGAACAGCACAUGGAUAUUCAUCUGUAUACAUGUGGAAUAUGUGGAGCAAAAUUUAACUUGAGGAAAGAUAUGAGAUCACAUUAUAAUGCCAAGCAUUUGAAAAGAACAUAAGGAUUUUCUACUGUAUAAUGUUUAGCUGAUAGGAGACAAAACACCAAAGCAAAGGAUAUGACCUGUUUAGAAAAUGAUUUUAUAAGAUGACUUGCUGAAAAAAAUUUUCAAGGCCCUUUUACCUUUAAUAUUUUUGUUUAGGAUCUUAAGUAUCUACAUUUUAGGUGUUAUUAAAUGUUUAUCAUUUUUGUUAUUUCUUAAUAGAAUUCUUUGUUUUUAGUUUGUUUUAGCUAUGAUUAAAAUUACUUUUAAAUGUAGAUUACAAGUGGUUGUUACCCCUUCAGUGACUAUUGAAGCUUAGGUUGUUUUUUUUUUAAUCAAUAAUGUGAUGAUGUCACAAUUUUUAUUUUUUAUUUUGUUUUUUAAGGCUACCUUGUGAAAUUUUAAACCCAAUAUCAUUGGCCAUUCCUGUUUAAAUUAAAAAAAAAUUUUUUUUAAGUAGUUAUUUAAAACUAUCCCAUUUACUUUAGCUUUUUUUUUUUUGUAAGUUGAACAAUGAUUUAGCCACUGUUUAUUUCCCUGUCUUACCAGUGAAAUUCAUAUUCUUAAAUUGAAAACUUAGUAGGCAGGUUAGGUGCGCUGAAUCUAACCUUGAAGGUUGACAUGGGCUCAAACUUGGCCUAAAAAGAUUGAUGGACCUAAGGAAAUUCCUAUAAAUGAAUAUUUCCUAUAAUUGAUAAAAUAUUAUCAUUUAAUAAUCACAUUUAAAACUUAUAUUAAGUGUAAAAACCCAAUGACUUUACUCCACUUGACAAAUUAGUGGGGACAAGUCAUUUUGUUUUGUGAUAUUAAAUUUAACUAUGAUAGUUAAUUAAAAAAGCAUAUCUUGUAUUCAUUUAAAAUAAUUUAAAAUAUUUUGAUUUCUAAAGUGUGUUAGUUUAUCAAUUAUUUUUGUUUAUAAAUAGACUUUAAUAGCUUUCUAGGAAGAUGACAUCUAAAGGAAAAUGACUUUUCACCUUUAAAAUGACAUACUUUUGGAACUUACUUUGAGAUUUGAGAAAGCUGCCAUGUAUAUUGAUAAAUCUAAUAAAAUAAAGAAAUCAAUCACAAA